AUGGCUAGCUCAAUUUCCGAAACAACCAUUAGAGGCAUGGAUCCUAUCAACUUCAUCAAAGGUUACAACAAACUGAACCACCUUGAAGAUCAAGCAGCACCUUCCACCCACACCCACAAGAAACCCCUCCUCAUCACCAUCACCAUCUCCUUCAUUCUCCUUUUCACCUUGAUCAUCGGUGCGGUGGUGGGAGCACUCGUUCACCAUUCCUACACCCAAUCACCCGAAUACCCCUCCCUUUCUUCCAGCUACGCCGACUCUAUCAAAACCAUCUGCAAUGUCACUCAGUACCCUGUCUCCUGCUUCUCCACUCUCUCCACCCUCAACGCCUCCCCAAAAUUCGAUCCAGAGCUCAUCUUCAUGGCCUCUCUCAAAAUCUCCUUCACCCACCUCUCCAAUCUCUCAUCCUUCCCCAAAACCCUAAUUCUCCGAGCCAAGGAUCCUCGUUCCGAGGCGGCGUUGCGGGACUGCGAGAGCCUCCUGGAAGACGCCUCUGCCCAAGUCAACAACACGAUAUCGGCCAUGGAGGUGGGCCCGGGAAAGAAGAUGAUGACGGAGUCGAAGAUAGAGGACAUGAGAACGUGGCUAAGCAGCGCGAUCACGGAUCAGGAGACGUGCUUGGAUGGAUUGGAAGAGAUGAAUUCAAGCGUUGUGGAAGAGGUCAAGAACACGAUGCAGCCUUCUAAGGAGUUCACCAGCAACAGCUUAGCAAUUCUUGCUAACAUCAAGGUCCUCCUUCAAAACUUCAAUCUCACCAUGCACUGA